UGCUUAUAUCUCCAUUAAAAGUUCUCCACGAGUUUGUGCAAGUUUCAUGACCCACUAUGGCAGUAAACUUGAGCAAAAACGGGCCCGCGCUUACAGACGCUUAUAAUGAAGUGGUGAACGGGAGAACGAGCACAGACUGGGUGUUGUUCACCUAUGAAGGAAACAGUAACGACAUUCGAGUGGCAGGGAAGGGAGAUGGUGGGCUUGAAGAAAUGGUGGAGGAACUGAACAGCGGCAAAGUCAUGUACGCCUUCUGUAAAGUGUUGGACCCCAGCUCUGGAGUUCCCAAGUUUGUGCUCAUCAACUGGACUGGCGAGGGAGUCAAGGACGUUAGAAAGGGUGUUUGCGCCAAUCACGUUCAUUCAAUGGCCAGUUUUCUGAGGGGGGCCCAUGUGACCAUCAACGCCCGAUCAGAUGAUGAUGUUGAACCUGCAGCCAUCAUGGAGAAGGUAACCAAGGGCUCGGGCGUCAACUACAACAUCCAGAAAGAAUCAAAGCAGAACAAUAAUUGUGAACCUCCUGGACGUGUGGGCUCUGUUUAUAAAAAGGUCAGUGCUUUAGAUGAAAUACAGAGUACAGACAGAGACAACUUCUGGGCUAAGGCUGAGCAAGAUGAAAAGACUCGCCGGCAGGAGGAGCGCAGGAAGGCAAAUGAGGAGAGGCAGCGUCUGGAGAAAGAACGGAGGGAGCGGGAUGCUCGAGAGGCAGACGAACGAGAACAAAGUCGGAAGGAGAAAGGGAAAGAGAUCGACCAACAGAGGCAAUUUGAAAAGAAACAAGAGGCAGAGAAUAAAGAACAGGAGCAGAGAAAAUUGUCACCCUUGAUUGCCUCAUUUGAUGUUAAGGAUAAAGAGCAGAAGGAACACCAGUCUCCUAUCAAAGGAGGAAUACUGCGAUCGGAGUCUGUGCAGAAGGCCAAUGAGGCAGCAUCAAUUAUCUCUCAGCGUUCCAUCAAUCCCAGAGAGCUGUUCAUGCAGAAGGAGAGAAGUUUGGCCAACAGUGCAACGGCUUCUUCAGCCACCCGACCAAGUCAGUUGAGAAGCCCAUUUUUAUCCCAGCAAGCAGUCAGUGCAGAAAACCCUCCCAAUGAAAGCAGGUCUCAGCCCUUAUCUCCAGUUCGCCCUGCGGCAGCCGUCUCGGUUUCACAUGUACCAGCUCCAGUCUCUCCUGCGCACAAAACUACUGCUUUCCCAGUAGAAAAGGAAGACCCCUUCUCUGAUGAUCCAUUUGUAUCUGAACAAGCCGAGGGUUCUGAAGAUGAAUGGGAUGAUUCAGGUGGGGAGGGAUCGAGCCCUGAUGCUGGGAAGCAGCAAAGUUAUGAUCUAAACGACAUCUACACAGACGUCCCCUCACAAGAAAGUCUCUAUGAGAACGUUAACCAGGAUUUCCAAACCCAUGCUGGUGAAGAAGAGGAGACAGGCGAAAACCAGAACAUCUGCGCAAGAGCACUAUAUGACUACCAAGCUUUGGAUGAUACAGAGAUCACCUUUGACCCGGAUGAUAUUAUCACAGGGAUCGAGAUGAUAGAUGAGGGCUGGUGGAGAGGUUAUGGUCCUGACGGUCACUACGGACUUUUUCCUUCUAAUUAUGUUGAGCUUAUUUAAGUCUUCAGUAAGCAGUCAGAUGCAAUAUCAUUUGACAAAAUGAUUGUGGUUCGUUAAUGUGCUUUGAUGAUGUUACCGGGUGUUUGCAAAAUCUGCUUUCUUUAUCCACAGGGACAUGCAGAGAGUUCCUCAGGGGCAGGGGCUCAAAUGUAUAAUGGGGCAAUGUAAAAAAAAAAAAAAAAAUAUAUA